CAUUCAGAAGACAACGGAACAUCUGUUAAAGACAGUUUCGGUUCAGAGCGGCAGCUGAUUUUUGGGACUCCAGGAUUAAUCUUAGCCUGGCUCUGGAGCAGGCUAGCUGCAAAGAAUACAUCUCUUGGCAGGGUUUCUUGGCUGGGUUUUAUUCAACCUGCUAUUGUGCAACCAAGUCAAAGCUAAAUUCAUCCAGGAUAACUUGAAUAUCCCGGCUUAAUCCCUUUUCCUGGUUUUGUGCAACAGGCCCCAGUUCUCGGCUGUGUCUCUCUGUGUCAAUCUGACAGAUUUUGUAGUUUUCUGUUGUGUUUUGCCAAGAAGAGCAUUAAGAGGGUGUUUUCCCUCGCCUCUGUGCCCGUGUCCUGCCUCCACAACUGUGACAACCAUAAAUUGUCUUUGGAAGUUACAUAGCUAGUUGAGUCCAACUGUGUGAGAAAGGAUUUUUAUAUGUUUCACAUGAUUUAAACACACCCGUCUCUGGGAGGUCCGACAGUUGCCAGGUAGAAUUUCUAACAAAAACGACAUCAUGAGGAGAACAGAAAAUUCGAGGUGAAGGGGUUGUAUGUAAAAACAUUUCCAUGAUUCAGAAAUGAAAGAGACAGAACGUGGCACAAAAAAUUGGCUUGCAUGACAAUUGUAGAAAGCUGGUUUACCCAGAAACAACACACUGGGUAUUUUUCAUUGGUCUAAUAGUCAAAACAAACUAGAAAGAGGAAGGGAUUAUCUGAAAUCUAGCUUUGAUAUUGAAGACCUUGUAACACUCAAGCACAGCAGUCAAUGAGCAUUGAUGGUAUGAUGUCUUCUGUGUUUGUGAUUCUGCUUUUGGGGGUGAUUUCAGCACAAGAACCAGCCGUUCACGUAUAUGAUGUCAUAAAGGCCUGUUCGGAAACUGAGCAAUUCAAUAUGAUCAUCCUAGUAGACGAUGAAGAAUAUGGAUAUGUUGAUUUAAAGAAAAACGCAACAGUGACAACAUUGCCAGACUUUGCAACGCCUGUCGAUUGUCCUAUUUGCCUGACAUAUGCAGAGCAGGAAAGUCAACGAGCAGAAAGGGAAAUCAGCAUCUUCAGUAAGGAGACCCAGGAAGCUAAAGUUCGCCCUGAUGUAAUGCUGUAUCCCAAAGAAGAGGUGGCACAGGGUACAAGAAACUCACUUGUCUGCUUUGUCAAUAAUUUCUUCCCUCCCCCUGUCCAAGUGAAAUGGACAAAGAAUGACGAGAACAUCACAGAGAGGGCGGAAGCGGGCAGAUAUGCAACCAACAGCGACAACACUUUCUAUCAUUUCUCCACCUUGACUUUCACCCCAGAAGAGGGCGACAUCUACACCUGUACUGUGGAGCACCCAGCCCUGGACAACCCCUUAACCAAGAUAUGGGAUUUUGAGAUGCCCCCUGGUACCAGUCUGGGUCCUGCUGUGUUCUGUGGACUGGGUCUGACUCUGGGGAUACUGGGAAUCGCUACUGGAACAUUCUUCUAUGUCAAAGGAAACCAGAGACAAAUAUAGCAGCAAGCAGCAGAUUAAAUCUGUGGGCUCAUUGCACCCUCUUCUGGAUUCACUGGACAUUACACCCUCCUAUGAGCUACUGCCUGUCUGGCUUGGCAAAUGACUGCUUUUUAGGUGUUUUAGACUCGUAAUUAUGAUGUUUACUACUUACAUAAUGGAAUUUUUACCCUCAUCUACACCCAUAAUGACAAAGCAUUUUAGAAAUGUGGGCCAAUUUAUUGAAAAUUGAAAUAUCUCGUGUACAUAAGUAUUAAGAGAUUUUAAUCAGUACUUUCUACAAAUGCCUUUGACAGCAUUCACAGUUUGAGUCCAAGCCACGAAUGUAUUGUGAUCCUAGCAACGCCUCUGUCCUUAACACAA